AUGGCGAAUAUCUUUCCAGAUGCCGAGUUCAUUGGCACAGACCUCUCUCCCGUCCAGCCAACCGAGGUCCCGGAAAAUGUCCAUUUCCUAGUUGAUGACGCCACGGAUGACUGGUUAUGGGAUGAGAACUACUUCGACUUCAUUCACAUCUCCCAUAUGCUCGGUGCCAUGUCCUCGUUUAAAGACUUAAUGCGCAAAGCCUACAACCACCUUAAACCCGGCGGCUACCUUGAAUGCCACGAGAUGGACCUAAAACCGAAAUGCGACGAUGACACACUACCUCCAGAAAACCCGGACGGCUAUAGCGAGUACGCCCUACAUGAUUGGGUUGAUCUAUGUAUCCGAUCAGGGCAAGUAAUAGAUCCUCCAAAACAGUUUCGCAUUGCGCCCCGGCUAUCCAGGUGGAUGAAAGAGGUAGGCUUUGUUGACGUCGAAGAACGCGUCUCCAAGGUUCCUGUGAAUACAUGGCCCACCGAUGAACGAAUGAGGCAAAUUGGAUGCUGGAGCCAAACGAACCUGCUAGAAGGCCUGGGCGGAUGGACAUAUAAACCGUUUCUCGCCUUGGGAUGGUCCAAAGCAGAGAUCGAAGUAUUCUUGGUGAGCGUGAGGAGAAGCAUACAAAACCAUGAUGUGCAUGCAUAUCAAGAAUAUUAUGUCGUGACCGGGAGAAAACCUUUCCCUGGCGAGCAAUCCAAUUGA